AUGGGCGGGCGGCUGAGUCGCGUGUUCCGGACUUUCAACGUGGAGAGCCGGGCCCGCCGCGAGAUCAGCAAGGAGAAGCCCACGCCCGCGCCGCGGCACCCAACCUCUCGUCUGGACGAGCUGGCCGACCACCCAGAGAUACAAGAAGAAAUUUACAGAAAGGACGAUAGGCUCCUCACCUUGUUAAAAGAUGUUUAUGUCGAGUCCAGAGAUCCACCUGUGCAGGUAAAAGGUGGAGGUGGUGAACAUCUUCCAUGUAAACAGGAGGAAAAGAGACUUACAAAACUAGGCCACUUGGGAGAUCUAGAUGUUAAGAAGGUUCCCAAAGGCAAAAUUUCCAUUGUGGAGGCUCUGACGCUUCUUAAUAAUCAUAAAAUUCAUCCUCAAACAUGGACUGCAGAGAAAAUAGCAGUGGAAUACAGUCUGGAACUGAAGGAAGUCAACUCUCUUCUGGAAUUCUUCAUUCCUUUCACUGUGCAGGAAUUUCCUAAAGAAACCAAAAAAGCUAUAAAGUCAACAUAAAAAUAAUUACCAAAACCUUGUGUGAUCUCACUCGUGUCUUAAUUUUACUCGAGUAUAUUGAGUGUCUGAAAAGAGUUGGUAACAUGUCAUCUAACAAGGCUGCUUUCUUAUACCAGUAAGAUGUAUUCAAGCAAUUCCAUUCUAUAUUGGAUGGCUCCAGUUAAAUGCAGAAAUUAGAGGAUACAGUUUGUAAACCAGAAUAUAACAAGUUGUAUGAGAGCAUGUCACAUGAUUCUGGUUAUCCCAUUCAUAUGUUACGAGUUCAGUUAAAACAUGCAUGUUCUAGUGAGAACUUUACCUUAAUAGAUUGCCUUUCUUAGCAGAGACUUCCUGGCUUUCAGCUAAAUCAGUGCUCUAUGUGUAUUAGCUCUGUGGUUUCAUGUUACAGUGUUCUUUCAAGGACUUUCUGUCAGGGUGUGUGUAUAUACAAGCAGCUGUAUUUUUUUUGAAUAAGAAUGGAAUAGUAUUUAUACUUCAUAAAGAAGGUUAACCACAAGAUCAUUUGGGAAAUUCAGCUGUGUCAAACUUAAAAUAAAAAGAAGGUGAAUGGCAAGAAGGCUUCAGUAACAGUAAUGACUGAUGUGUAGCUCCUCUUCCACUCUGUUCUGAUCCAGCUUUAAUAUCUGCACCUCCCCAGGUGCUGUCUGUCAGUAAAUUUGUAAAGAGUGAUGAUCUUCUAGCAUAAUUCUCUUGCAGCAGUCUUUGGCACCUACUGUAUGAGAAAUAAUGGUUCAUAUUAUAAUUAAUAGGUAGCAAUGAAACGCAACUGGAUCUACUAAUUGGACCCACUAGUAGGUCUUCGGUAAAUGUCUGCCUGUCCUGUUACAAUAGCCCUUUUUCCCCGUGGAGGCCUUCUCUGACUUACCCAAACGUGGGCUAGAUCAGGUCAUGUUCACUCACAGUAAGUUACCCACGUGCUACCAGAUUGAAGAUGAACAGCAUCCUUUCCAGCUGUUGGUAAAGGACAACACAAAUUGUGAGGUGGUAGCGGUGGAUUGUAACCUUGAUAAUGUGACUAUUCAGGUCUGUGUAGGUAAGGAAGAAGUUUUGCACUGAUGAUUAAUACUGUAGUGAAAACUGGUUCAUGUUUUCCAGGUAAGCUGGGGGGGAUAAUCAGAAUUGGUAUUUAAAAAUGCAUUAUGGUUGCCUUAAUUCAAAGGAAACAAAAAUGAAAAUUUUAUGCGGCGCUAACAUUCCUAGUGCCCAUCACCAAUAUUAAGAAUGUGGAAGUCAGUACCGUGCCUACAAUGUAAUUUUCUUUUUAAGAUCUUUUCUGCCAGGUCUUAGAUUUCAGGUUCUGGUAAAUAUCUUACCAAGAAGAUUAUCAACUUUGCUAUUCCACAGCAACAUUCUUUCCAGUUCUCUCUCUGAGCUGGAACAAGGUAUUUACAGUAUAGUUUGCCACAGUGUAUUCAAGGUUUUGCUUGAUUCAUUUCUGACGUAUAUAAUGCUGUACCUUAGUGGAAGAUGACACCUAAGUGCAUUGUAUAAAAAAAUUUAAAAUUGUUAGUCUUUGGAUGUGUGGAUUGGGGAUCGACUUGUCAUUCUUCCUGUAAUGUAAUGGGGACAGAGCUGCACUCUGAAACUAAUGCAU